UUUUCUCCUUUUCUUCCACGUUAUCGAUUUUGGCUGUUCUUUCAUUCACUCUCUAUUGUAGUGUUAUUUCAUUGAAUCCAUCGUCGGAAUCUAGUGUAUAUAAUAUACGCCAUUUACUUACUUCUUGUUUUUUUUUUUGUGGGUAUUUGUUCAUUUCACUAAAAUCAGUGUGGUUCUUCACAAUUUGGAGGAUUUCAGUUUAAUUUCGACGAAGUAAUUAGGGUUCUGUCGACCGAAUCUUGGUGGGUUUUUCUUGUUUAAGAUCAAUUGAUUUCAUGAUGCGCAUAAGAUAGCUGGAUGUUACCCGAUUGGACGAAGGCAUAUUGGUCUUCUUUCCCCACGCUCUAUUCCUAUAAUCUUGAGAAUGAUUUCAGAUUAUUUGUGGGAUUGAAUUUGGAAAUCAUCCUGAAUCUAUAUUGGGUUUGAUUGGACUUUGAAUAGAGUGAGAGGUGAAGAAGAUGAGUUUAAAAUCAAGUGGUGUUUCAGAAGGUGUUAUACAAAGGGGAAAGCUUUUAGUUCAUAUUGCCGAAAAUGGGCAUUCGAUUGAGCUCAAUUGCGAUGAAUACACACUUGUUGAAGCAGUUCAAAGGUAUCUUGAUUCGCUUUCCGGGAUUCAUUCAAAUGAUCAGCUUCUUUUGUAUUUGGACAUGAAAUUAGAACCACAACAGCCACUUUCUGCAUACAAACUGCCGUCGGAUGAUAAGGAGGUGUUCUUGUACAAUAAAGCAAAAAUGCGAACUAAUUCAACCCCACCCCAACCGGAGGAAGUUGAAGUAGCGGAAAGUAUCCAUCCUGACCCCACACGGCCAUCUUCAUCAACUGAUCCUCAUCCGCUGGAUGAAGCUUUAGACCCUGCUCUUAAGGCAUUGCCAUCAUACGAAAGGCAAUUUAGGUACCAUUACCAGCUUGGAGAUGCCAUUUACAGGCGUACCCUUUUGAAAUACGAAACCUGUGAGAGGCUUUCAAGAGAGCAAAGAGUUCAAGAGAAGGCAUUGGAGAUUGCCAGGGGUAAUUUGGACCAUAUCUUUAAAAUGAUCCUCCAUAAUUACACAGAUUUUGUUAAGCGUUACUCACAUCAGCAAAGGGCACAUUCGAAUCUUUUAGUGAAUUUUUGGAGGGAUUUGGAGAGAUUAAGGUCUAUCAAACUUAUGCCUAUGUUACAGACUGCUAAUCGUAAGUGCUUAUCGGAUUUUGUGAAGGAGGAAAACUUGAGGAAAAUGGUGGAGGAUUGCAGCAGUUCCCACAGGCAGUUUGAAAGUAAAGUUGGAGAAUUUAAGCAAGAAUUUCAAGAGCUAAAGGGAAGUACUGAAGAUUUGUUUUCUAGCGAAGCUUCGAUCAUUAGUAGAGAUUUAGGGAGAACCAUCAAGGAGCACCGACAAUAUAUAAAUGAGCAGAAAAGUAUGAUGCAAGCAUUGAGCAAAGAUGUCGGUUUGGUAAAGAAACUCGUGGACGAUUGUUUGACCAGUCAACUAUCCAAUUCCCUUCGUCCUCAUGAUGCUGUUUCAGCAUUAGGUCCCAUGUAUGAGGGUCACGACAAAAAUUAUCUUCCUAAAAUGCAGGCAUGUGAGCACGCUAUUUCAAACCUCUUUAUGUUCUGCAAGGACAAGAAGUCUGAAAUGAACAUUUUCGUUCAUGGAUACAUGCAAAAGAUUGCAUAUAUUCAGUACACCAUCAGAGACGUUAGGUACAAGUUUUCGCUUUUCAAUGAGGCAAUAAAUCGCCAAAAUGAUCAAUUCGAGCAUUUGAAGGUGGUUCGUGGGAUUGGUCCGGCCUAUAGAGCAUGUCUUGCCGAGAUAGUGAGAAGAAAGGCGUCAAUGAAACUUUAUAUGGGAAUGGCUGGACAAUUGGCCGAAAGACUUGCAUCCAAACGGGGAUCUGAAGUUAGGCGAAGAGAGGAGUUUCUUAGAGUACACAGUUCAUAUAUACCUAGAGACAUUUUAGCAUUAAUGGGCUUGUAUGAUUCUCCGAGCACCUGUGAUGUGAAUGUAGCUCCGUUUGAUGGUGAUUUACUCGAUCUUGAUAUAUCAGAUUUGGACCAUUAUGCCCCUGAGCAGUUAGCCGGACUUUCUUUCAGAAAAGGGUUGUCUUCAAUGUCCGAGAGUUCUGUAGAUUCUGACGAUUUCGUUGAGGCUUCUGAUUUGGCAGAGAUUGCAGGCACAAACAAGCUGGAAGUCGAGAAUGCAAAGUUGAAAGCGGAACUUGCUUCUGCUAUAGCUCUGCUUUGUUCUUUUUCUCUGGAAAUGGAGUUUGAAUCGUUAGAUGAGGGUAAAGUGGACAAUUUGCUGAAAGGUGCUGAAAAGACGACCGAGGCCUUACGUUUGAAAGAUGAAUACGGGAAACGAUUGGAAUCUAUUCUAAAAUCCAAACAAAUGCAGUGCGAGUCGUAUGAGAAACGGAUAAAGGAGCUCGAACUAAGGUCAUCUGAUAAAGAUGGCUCUUUUUCAACUGGGAAAAUUGGGGAUAGCAAAUCGGAGAUUUCGGGUGAUGGAGAAGCCCAUAUGCGUUCGGCUUCUUCUGAGCCUAUGGAUGAGGCUUCAUAUGGUUACAGUUCAUUACUUGCCAAAAUGGGUGGUGAUAAAAAUGGCAAAUCUUUUGAUGAUAACAUGACUGAUUCAUCUGGAAUGGUGAACCCUCAUCUGGAUUCAUCAAUGCAGGAACCAAACCGGGAUGAAUCACAUGUGAAUGAAAAAGAUGACAGAGAGGAAAUAGCGCCAGAUGUAGGGAUGCGAUUGGCUAAUAGUUCGACAGCUGAUAACAUGUUACAACUUCCGAAAACUUGUGAUGGAGUUGGGCAGAGUAAUGACGAUCUUGUGGUGGAGUUGCAGAACAUACUUAAAGAAAAGUCGAACCAGCUUAAUGAAGCAGACGAUAAACUUGAAGCUGCCAUGGAGGAGGUAGCAAAGAUUUCUCGGGAGUUGGAAAUUAGUCGGAAUCUGGUAGACGAGUGUCAGAUGAAUUGUGCUCAUUUGGAGAAUUGUCUUCAUGAAGCACGGGAAGAGGCUCAAACCCAUCUUUGUGCGGCUGAUCGAAGAGCAUCCGAGUACAACGUAUUGCGUGGCUCCACGUUAAGAGUACGCAGCCUUUUUGAACGGCUUAAAGCCUGUGUUUCCUCAGGUGGCAUAGCUGGUUUUGCUGACUCAUUGCAUUCUUUAGCUCAAUCUCUUGCAAAUUCUGCUAACGAUAAUGGUGAUGAUGGUACCGCUGAGUUUCGUGAAUGUGUUCGGGUGCUCGCUAAGAAAGUCGGCAUUUUGGCAAGGCAUCGUGCUGAGCUGAUUGACCAGUACUCAAAGGCCGAGGCUUCCUAUGAACAGCUUACCAAGGAGUUGGAUGACAAGAAAGAGUUGAUCAACACUUUGUACAUGAAGCAUCAAUCUGAAAAACAGGCAAACAAGGAGAAGAUAUCUUUUGGCCGUAUAGAACUUCACGAGAUUGCUGCAUUCGUGCCCAACACAGCUGGACAUUAUGCGGCAAUCAACCGAAACUGCGGUCAUUACUACCUGUCUCCAGAGUCAGCUGCAUUGUAUACCGACAAUCUGCCGCACCAUCCCACCUACAUUGUGGGCCAGAUUGUGCAUAUUGAGCGACAAACCGUGAAACCAUCACCGGUUGAAGCCGAGCAUAACAGUGACUCGACCCAAUCAGCCUUGAGCUCAGGUUCAAGUGAUGCAAACCCAUAUGGUUUAGUGGUUGGGUGCGAAUUUUUUGUGGUUACUAUAGCUAUGUUGCCGGAUACCGCCAUUCACCGGCCACCUGCUGCCGCUGCUUCCUGAUCUAAAACAUUCGGUAAGAUAUGAUGGAAGAAACGAAAAAGCCGCUGGAGUCAAGUGUACAUGCAUACUUGACAGUUAAUUGAAAAUGUUCUUCCUUCCUCUGAUUUGUAUAUAAAUUCUCUCUUUAUAUA